AUGGCGUCAUUUAUUUGUCCACUUUGCAUAACGAGUAGAAAUUUCCUAAGUUUCUUCAAACUAUUUCGCCACAUAACGCUCUACCAUCAAAGUGAUCCAAAAUAUGAAAUCGAAUGUGAUUUACAUAAUACAUGUGAUGUGUUUUACAAAAAAAAACACUCCGCGUACAAAUCCCAUGUAUAUCGAAAACAUUCAACGGAACUCCAUUCAUCUGCAAACCACAACAACAACAUUGAUACGAUCCCAAUUGAUAAUCCACAACUAACUAAUGUCGAUACGACAACUGCAACUAAAUUUGUGAAUGGAGAUGAGCGCAACGAAUCCACUGAUUCAGGCGACGAAACGGAUUCAAUUUUAUCAAAUGAUGAUGCGUCGUCACAUUUCUCAAGCAAUCGUAAUGAAGCAGCUGUUAGUUCAAUACAAGAUAUUAAAAAGUCAUUUGUAAUGUUCAUUUUGCAACUAAGGGAAGAAUUCUUAUUACCAAAAAAUGUAACAAACGUUAUUUCAACAUAUAUUAAUUCGUUAAUUAAUCACAUUGAAAUCUUAUUAGAGGAAAAAACGUUCGAUUUUUCCGAAAAUAGUCCUUCGCGUGUAUCAUUGAUUUCUCGAGGUGAUGUCGGAAAAUUUAUUGAUUUUAAUCAAUUAAAACUCGUAUUCGAUGAUGUUUGCAAUGGAAUUGAAUCAAUACUUAAGAACGAGUACCAAUUUACUAAAUAUUGCGAAGAAUAUGUCCAGUUUACUUCUUCAUUGGAAAUUCCUGUAUCAUCUGUUGCUGGUGACACUGAUUGUGGUUACUUUGUCCCGAUUGACAACAGUUUGUCUUUGAUGCUUCAUUCUCAGCUAUUUUCUAAUGAAAUUCUCGAAAAUAUUUAUCGAUAA